UAAGUUGACAGAAAACUUGGUUACGAAUUUUGACACGGAGAGAUGUUGUUUGAUGUUACCAAAGAGAAAACAAGAAAUCUUUUUGGAGGCAAUUGAUGUUCAUUUGGCUUAUGGGUUGCCAUUGGGAGGCAAAAGGAUUGAGCAACCAAAUGAUGAGUCAAAUCUGAAAUGGAGCAAGUUUCUAAAAGCUUGGAGAAGCAAGUUUGGCCUCAAAAAAGGAAGUCCAACCAACAAGAGAUUGAUUGACAGAAUUCAAGAAUUGAAGAAGGAAAAAACAGUUUCUGAUGAAUUUCUUUGGAACUUUGUGGUAUGUGUUGUCAAUUGUUGCAUUCGAUCAACAAACAACACACAACUAUACAUUAAAUUCUUGUAUAGUUGUAUGGAUGUAAAGAAAAUUGCUGAAUUGGAUUGGUGCACAUUUGUGAUUGAGCACUUGAAAGAUUAUGUAAGUGUAUGGAAGAAGGGAAAUUCUUACUUUACAGGUCCUUUACCUUUUAUAAUGGUAAGUUUUAAGUUCUUACCAUUAUGUAUAUAUAUUAUUCUUGUUAUGUUGAAAAUGUGUGAAAAAUAUUCUAAUUAA